CUUUUCUUAUAAAAUAUGUUGGUCGCAAGCAAACAAGACGGGCAAGAUGGCGCGUCGAAGAAACAUCAUGCAAUUUAAUUCUUCAAAGUUUAUAUUAUUAUUUGUUUUUAUAAUUGUAUUCGUUACUGGGUAUCGUUCUGUCACCUGUUUAGUAACUCCAAAUAAUACAGCCGAAAUAUUACGUUUAAAAUUACUCAACAAUUACGACCCUUUUACCGAACCAUCGCCUCAGAAUGGGAAAAUUCUUCAAUUUGGAGCUGUACCUAAUGCGUUGGGAAUUGAUGUGGAUUAUAUGGAGUCUUCUUUUCAUCUUAUCGGCUGGCUUAGACUGAGAUGGUUUGAUCCUAGAUUGAUGUGGGAUCCUUCGAAAUAUGGUAAUUUGAGUAUGAUGCAUUUUGCUCCUCAUGAAGUAUGGAAACCUCAAAUUAUAGCCAUGAGACGUUUGGAUGCUCACCUUGUAGAUAAUUACUCGCAAAAUUUCAUCGUGGUUAAUUACACCGGUUUAGCAUUAUUCGUACCAGCGACAAAUUUCAAAGUGAGGUGUGAUUUGAACUAUUAUGAUUGGCCCUUUGAUAAACAAAUAUGUCAACUGAUUUUAAGAGUGACCGGUACUCGUACAACACCGAUGCAGUUCAAUUCUACCUAUUUUUCUGCGAGCGAUCUUAGCGAUGGUAUAGUAUCCAACUGGGAAAUUGAAACUGUAAAUACCCAAUAUGUAUCGACAAACUCGUGUCUGAUUUGCAGCGGACCUAUAUCGGAAUUGCAUUAUGAAUUUCAUAUUAAAAAAAUCGAAGUGAAAUAUUAUGGAUUCGUUAUCCUGCCUGCUUUCGGAUUAUCUUUCUUGUUGCUUUCAACAUUCUGGUUACCUAUAACGUCGCAGAAAAAAUUAACUCUGGUAAUUAUCUUGGUGAUCGUGCCAGUGAUAUUUUUGUUAUUUUUUUCUCGUAAAGUGCCUGUAUUUAAUCAUCAGUUACCUAAAAUAAUGUUAUUUUAUUCGUGGUUGAUGUUACUAUCGAUAAUUCAACUCUUGAUGUCUCUGAUCUUGAGCUCCAUCGUUAAUUCGGAAACGUUGCAGAGUAAUCCAAUUGCUCAAAAUAUUAAAUCGAUGUUCGAUCACCCGAUCUUACACUUUUUGCAUCUUGUACCAGAUUCGGAAUUUGUUCGAUAUCAAUUGCAAAAAAUGGAUCCAAGUCAGAAAUUGAAUGAAAAUUAUGUAAAAUAUCAAUGGCUUAGCAUAAUGAUUAUAAUCAACAGGAUAAUUUUCGUAAUUUACGCAAUAAUUAUGAUUGUAUUGAUGAUAUGUUGUUGACUGUUGAUCAAAUAAUCCAAUCCAAUCACUAUACAAUCAAUUUGUAAAAACUCGUUGUGUAAUCAGUAA